AUGAUGGACUAUUCAUUCGAUGAUGCAAAUUCAAAUCCAAAUUAUGGAGAAAUUAAUCAACUUGGCGGUAUUUUUGUCAAUGGUAGACCAUUACCAACUCCUAUUCGUUUACAAAUUAUUGAAAUGUCGAAUUCAGGAGUACGUCCAUGUGAUAUAAGUCGUCGUUUGAAAGUUUCACAUGGAUGUGUUAGUAAAAUUCUAACUCGUUAUCAUGAAACAGGUUCUGUAUUACCUGGUGCUAUUGGUGGAAGUAAACCACGUGUAACAACACCCAAUGUUGUUGGUCGUAUACGUGAUUAUAAAAUAAAAGAUCCAGGAAUGUUUGCAUGGGAAAUACGUGAAAAAUUAUUAUUAGAUAAUAUAUGUGAUAAAUGUAAUGUACCUUCAGUAUCAUCAAUUUCACGUAUUCUACGUAAUAAAAUCGGUCCGUUAUCACAACCAUAUAAUGAUAAUGAAGGAGGAAAUAGUGAACAGAGUGAUUCGAAUUCAUCAGUUAAUAUACCAUCAUCUGAUGAAUUCACAUGUAAAGUUGAACCACCAACAUGGCCAUCUUAUGAUCAAUCAUAUCAUCAUCGUUAUCUUUAUCCAACUGUUAGUUAUCAUCAACAACAACAACAAUUUGAAACAGCUAUGAAAUCAUCUUAUAUAAAUGAAAAUUCCGAAAGUAAUUUAUCACAUAUUGAUCAUUAUCAAAAUUCAACUAUUAAUAAUACAAAUAAUUAUACACCAUUUUUUAAUACUUUUCCUUAUACUCAAACAAGUCAUUUAUCUGGUAUGAUACCCUAUUAUUCUUCAUCUUAUGCUUUAUCAUUAGCACCACAAGCUUCAUAA